AAAUUACAAUCCCCUAACCGUUGGAUCCUUCUUCAACUUCUCAACCUCGUCUCCUUUUGCUUUUCGAUCCGAUCCUCGAGAAAAACCUGCCCUUUUAAAUCCUCCCCUUUACUACCACUCUUCUCUCCAUUCAAAACAGUUCGCUACCUUAUACUGUCUUUCACUUUCCCUCAUUUUGUUGAAAAAAUUUUCAAACUUUCAUGGCUACCACCGAAGAAUUUUCUAAUUCACAACCUCCGCCUUUUCAUCCUCCUGCUUCAGUCCUUCAAGAACAACAGCAAACCCAACCACAACAGCCACAGCAACAGUCCUCCACUAUUCCUCAGUAUCCUGAGCUAAUUAUGCAAGCGAUCGAGGCUUUGAACGACAAGAACGGCUCCAACAAGUCAGCGAUUUCGAAACAAAUCGAGACUAUUUACCCCGAUCUACCGGCUGCGCACACUACGCUGCUUUCUCACCACCUGAACAAGAUGAAGCAAAGCGGCCAGCUCGUUAUGGUAAAAAACAACUACAUGAAGCCUGACCCAAACGCUCCACCUAAGAGAGGUCGCGGCCGCCCACCUAAGCCUAAAGUGCCACUCCCUCCUGGAACCGUAAUAUCACCACCCAGACCACGUGGUCGCCCACCGAAGCCAAGAGACCCAUUUGCUCCAGUAGCUUCACCUAAGAAGAAAAGCCCCACGGGUAGUGGAAGGCCACGUGGACGUCCACCUAAGAAGGCUAAGCCGGCAGGUGCUCCAGCUCCGGUUACGGUUUCUCCAUCUCAGGCAAAAGGUGUCAAAAGAGGAAGAGGUAGACCGCCAAAGGUUAAGCCGGCAGUAGCUCCUCUCGCCGGCUGAUGGGACGGAAUUUAGACAGAGACAAGAAGAAAGAGUUUUUCUUUUUUUAUUAUUCUUUAUAAUUUUUUAGGUGUGUUAGUUCUCUCUACUAAUUGAUGUUUUAGCUUUUAGCUGUUUUUCUUUUUCUUUUAUUUUUUCCCCUUAAUCAAUGUUGUUAGUUUAAUAUGUGGUGGUGAAGAGAAAGAGAGAGAGAGGGAAAGAAAGAAAGAAAGUGUUGUAACGUUGUGUUAGAGAGAGGGUUUAGUGUAACUGUAAUUUGCAUGUAAAUUGAGCAGCUCCUGUGUAGGCUUUAUCCCCUCCUUUAGUCAUAUCUCUCUUUGAUAAUCCAAAAGAAAAAGAAUGAUUCUAAUCACUUUCAUU